GGCGGGCAGAGGGCACGAGGAGCGGCCAUGGCGGACUGCGAGGCGGGGGGAGCGGCGAAGGCGCAGCAGCGGCUGCACGGCAAUGCUGACACCGGUCUUGGGGUGUGUGGAUGGAUCCUGGUGAUAUUUUCUUUCUUCUUCACCGUUCUUACAUUUCCUGUAUCAAUCUGGAUGUGCAUAAAGAUUGUCAAGGAAUACGAGAGAGCCAUCAUCUUCAGACUUGGGCGCAUCUUAAAGGGAGGAGCAAAGGGACCGGGUCUCUUUUUUGUCCUGCCCUGCACAGACAGCUUCAUCAAAGUUGAUAUGAGGACCAUCUCUUUUGAUAUUCCACCCCAAGAGAUCUUGACCAAGGACUCUGUGACGGUUAACGUCGAUGGAGUGGUUUACUACAGAGUUCAGAACGCUACCCUUGCUGUGGCAAAUAUCACAAAUGCUGACUCAGCCACACGUCUUUUAGCACAGACAACUUUGAGGAAUGUUCUGGGGACCAAAAACCUUUCUGAGAUUCUCUCUGAUCGUGAGGAGAUUGCACACAACAUGCAGGCUACACUUGAUGAUGCAACAGAUAACUGGGGCAUUAAGGUGGAACGUGUGGAGAUCAAGGAUGUGAAAUUACCCGUACAGCUGCAGAGAGCAAUGGCUGCAGAAGCUGAAGCUGCACGGGAGGCAAGAGCUAAGGUAAUUGCAGCUGAGGGUGAAAUGAAUGCUUCCAGGGCCCUGAAAGAGGCAUCUAUGGUUAUCACAGAGUCCCCUGCUGCUCUUCAGCUUCGUUACUUGCAGACUCUGAACACCAUUGCUGCAGAAAAGAACUCCACCAUCAUCUUUCCGUUGCCCAUAGACAUGAUGCAGGGCAUCUUAGCUGCAAAACGCUAGCUGCAGUGGGAGGGGGAAAGGUGGUUUGUUUUCUUUUGCCACCAGUAAACACCUGCAGCACCAAAUUGCUUGCAUACUAUAGCUUAAGGCAACAUGAGCAAAGUGGAAAUGCUGAGGAACAUUUUUGGUUUUUUUUAUACUGAGUGUGUGGUAAGAUAUAGAUGUAAUAUUUGUGAACACAGACAAUCAAAAUACUUGAAAUUGAAAACUGAUCCAAAUUAGGAGCAGUACCAGAUGAGAAACCAAUUAUCUGUAACCUCGUGUUUUCAGAAAGUAUAUAAAACUAUUCCUUUUAUGAAAAGAGUCUGUGGUCCUGUAAGGGAAGUGGAGCAGCCCUAUCUGUGUUCUUUUAGAGUACCUGCAUGUGAUGAAGUCAUCUGAUGGCUGCAUGCAUUUGUUCUCUAGUUUAGACCAGGAGAAACAAUGGAAGCUGAUGUAGGAGUGAGAACAUUGGGUACUUCUGAAAAGCAGGCUCCUACUUUCUGUAACAGUUCCCUGUUCAUGAGGAAAAAUGAUUAGCCAAUGUUACUGAAAUGAAACUUUCCACCUCUGUUCUGCCACACAGGAAUUAUAGAGGCUUGCUGUAGUUAAUGGUACAAUAUGCUGCUUCUUGCUAUGCCCAUGUAGAUUUAUGACUCUUAAAGCACUGAAAAGUCAUUGGGUUUGCUUUUAUCUGUACAUCUUCUCAAAAAACAAUUAAAAGGAAAAAAAAAGCCAUAAACCCCAA